AUUUUGCCAAAAUGGCAAGUUGGCAAUCCCUUGCUUCUACUUUUCGUCGGGGCUUUCUUUCGUCGGCGUCGGGUCGGGCCGGAUGGAAUAAAUAGAAUAGAAAUAGAACAACAAUGGAGACAGAGACCAUUCAUCUAAGUCUCCUCGUUGACCUGUAUAGAAACCAACCAUGUUUGUGGGAUUCAACAAGUCCUGAACAUGCGAACAAACAUUUGAGGCAGAAAGCCCUUGAAGAAAUUCUAAAAGACGCUGGGUAUCCGGUUACAGAGGACAAUGUAACGGUUUUGAAGAGAAAGAUCAACUCUUUGAGGACAACUUAUGUAAGAGAGCUCCGUAAAGUGUUAGACAGUCAAGAAAAGGAUCCCACCAAUGUGUACAGACCGAGAUGGCUGUACUUUGACAGUCUUGACGAGUUUUUAAACACUAUUACCUGGCGACAGAAAGGAAGUGCUCCUUUGAAUUUUUCCCGUUCGGAAAAUAGCGACGGGUCUACGCCACCUGUGCGGAGGGCAAUGAAACGAACGUCCACCAGGGAGGCAGAGUCAGGGGAUGGAGAGUCAAGUUGUUCGUCAUUUUCUGACUUUGAUUCACCGCCUUCUCCUCGAUCAGCAAAGUCACGUUCUUACUCGUCAACGAAACGUACCUCCCAAUCCCCAAACAGGAGCUCUUCUUUAUCAGAAGAACAGGGGCCAGGGAAACGGACUAAAUUAGAUCCAAAAAUGGACAACUACCUCGUGGAUAUUGCUAGAGAGAAGGAGUCUUAUGCGACGAUGGUGAAGGAUCUGAAACAGAUUAAAAACAGUAUGACUUCAGCAGCGCCUGAGUCUCGAUGGACACACUUUGGUCAUUAUGUGGCCAUGACCCUUGACACCCUUGAUCCUGUUGUAGCGACCGCAGCUGCGACUGAGAUGCAGGGGACCAUUGCCAAAUUUGUUGCUGAAAAGUUUUAAUGUUCAUCUUCCCAACCUCAAGUCACUCUGAUGUGUUUGGCAGUGUUGUUUUAGUAGGAAUAUAUGAUAAGAUAUAUAUGAAUAUGUGUCACAACGCUGUGGAAUCAGGUGCUUGUCAUUGUUGAGCAUGUGGAGGUUUUUGUAUAUCAUCUUAAAGCUUGUCCAUUUGUCUUUGCUUUCGAUGAAAAAAUGCCCAUCUUUCUUGAGUAGAAAUCAGAGAUAUUUGUGAUUGAAAGAGGUGGCAGUCGCCUGGUUUUGGAGGUAAAAUUAGCGAGAAAAUGGCCACCAAAGUUUGGUGAUUUUUAGAGUUCUUUGAAACCGAGAAUUUACAAUUGUGUGCUUUUAAUCAACGUUUUUCAGUAAAAUCCACACAGAAAUGCGUUCUAUGGACUAGUUAAACCUGCAAACAAAUUGUUGUGUUGAAAAAAUGACGGAAAUAGGCCUGUUUCUUCGAUUUCUGGAUUUGGACGAGCGCCUGAUGCUUCCUUUUAAUCUCUCCUCCAGUGGCGGAGGGUGGACCAAAAUUUGGGUGGGGCUUAGGUUGCUUCCAGUUCUUUACCACCAAAUAGCAAGCAAUAAGAAUUAAACUGUGAUAAUUUUUCUAUACUCACGGUGAGCCACGGC